CACACACAUGCAUGCGCGCACACUGUAGAUUUCCUAAUACACACCUGUUCUGUUCAAGAGAAACAUGAUGCAUAGAAGCAUGGAAACCAUCUCUCUGUAGUGCUGUCCAUUAUUGUGGUGAGAUGACGGAGGUGGAGCCGGUUUUGGAUUUUUCUUCAUCGCGUCGAUCAGGCCGACGGAAUGCUCUGCCUGACAUCCUGGGCUCUCCGGCUGGUGUGAACCCCUCCAACCUGCCACUCAAACUAGCUGAACUCUCCCUCACAGAUGGUCCUGGAGAGGCACAGUCUCCAACAAUACAGGAAGUCCCGUCCCAUGCAGAAAGCUCAGAGGAGAACCAGGGAACCUGAAAACUCUCUCCACAUCACAAAAUGAACAGCUGCUUUGCAUCACCGAUGUACAGAAACAGAAUGAGAAAGGGAUGGAGAGAGAAAUAGAAAUGUAAAGGUGGCAGUUCAAUUAGCCUGUGGUACUGAGAUUGAACUUCAGUGAUGGCUGUGCAGACUAACUUUGGCCUUUCACACACACACAUUCUCUCUCUUCCUCUUUCACACACAUGCAUUCAUAAACACAUACUUACAUUCAUAAAGGCCACAGACUACGAAUCUCUGAAGUGAAGGGACUAAUAAUCCCAUUUAUCUGCUGAUUUACUCAAAAACUGUUAACACUGUCUCUUUGGCGCUACAAAAAUAGCUUUGUUUGUUUGAGCUGCCCAACUGCCCAAAACAGCAGCACUGACAACCAAUAGUGUGGGUUUGGAACGGGACUAUCUGUUUGUUUGACCAUUGGCAAACAGCUUUUCAAAGCUAAUGGAACAAUUUUGAAGUAAUGAAAGUGCACAUUUUUUUUUCAAGUGUGUUCAUUUUUGUAUUUUUAUUUGUGUUAAAAAAAAUUUGCCUUCAUUUUCAUUUUUUGCUUAAAUUAACAUUAAUUGCACUCUUUGUUAGAGCAGCCCAAACAAUGGAAGAAGCGGGGAGUGUUUGAAAGCUAUAUGAAAACAAUCAUUAUUUCUGGUGCAUAAAAGGGAAUGAAGAUAGAGAAUGUAAGAAUCGGACUGUCGUGUGAAAGAGGAGGGUUACCUCUAACAUACAAGUCUUUAAAGUAUUUGUGCAGUGAUUGCUUCGUUUGGGGAUAUGGACUCAUGUAAUAUAUAAUAAUUCACAGCAUCAGUAGCAUGUGUUAUUAGCAUAUGUUGGGGGAGCUGGCACUUUCACAUGUGUUGCAAACACACAAGCACACUUCUGCAAACACAGCUUUCAAUGUCACCUUCUGCCACCCAACAGCUUGAAAUGCGUCAUCUGUUCACAGCUAUUAGCACAUUGGCUGACAUGCUACAGAGACAACAGCAUCAAAGAUUGCCAAAAUGACCUCAGAUGAUUGAAAAAGAUUGUGAGCUCCACACUUUUGACCACAAGUGUACUUCUAAAUAGUACUGAAACUGUGGUUUGAUGUGCAUGUUAUUUCAAGACUUGAUAUUUCUAAGUAUUAAACUAUGUUUAACUUGACACAGCGACCUAUAAAUAGUAUGUUUGUGAUGCGACGCAACCAAAGUGAGAUGUUCCAAAAGCGUUGAAAGUAGGUUGAAAGCAUUUGUUUCUAAAGGGGAAAAUGUCAAAACAUAAGUACAAAAGUACAAAUUCGGAUUUAUGUAUUUUUCAGAAAAUGCAUAAAACAUCAUUUAUGUAUGCAAACAGUUGAAUCUAUCAAAGAUUCGGACUAAGUUUUAUACUGUCCUUUAUAUUGAAAUAUUGUGAUGUAUUUAGUAAUGUGAAGUUAUAAGGUGAGCAUCACUAUUGUUAUUGCUUAUAAUUAGGGCUAGUGAUUUGAACAAAGCCUAACCAAAGACUUACUUUUGCCAGAUUUUCUGUCGCCUUGCAGACAAUAAAAUGAGCAGGAAAACGUCCAUCCAUCCAUCCAUCCAUCCAUCCAUCCAUCGUCAACCGCUUAUCCUGUGUACAGGGUCGCGGGGGGCUGGAGCCUAUCCCAGCUAACAUUGGGCGAAAGGCGGGGGAAACCCUGGACAUGUCGCCAGUCCAUCGCAGGGCCGGAAAACGUCCAUAGACAGAAAAAUGCAAUAAGCAACUGAUUAACAACACACUGGCAAACAACCGAUUUAUAAUGACAAAAUGUGAUUGGUGUGGUGAUGAUGCCUUUAUGUAUUUCCCCUAUUUGUACUCUAGAUGGAGACUUUAGUCUUUCUAACGCACCAAACCAUGUAAGCACAUGCUAAAUUAGCAGUGCAAGAAAUGCUAUGGAGGAGAUAAUGUGACAGCUUUAUCAGUCAAAUGAAAUUUGCAUAGAUUAAAAAAAUAACAUUCUAACACACCCAGGAGUGUGUACUUUAAUGUAUUCUGAAGUGUGUGUGUGUGUGUGUGUGUGUGUGUUGGAACAGUGGAUGAUUCGGAGAGUCACUCCAGCUGUCUUUUUAGAAUAGUCUUGUCUAGACAUUAGUCUCUUGUGACAUCUCAAAGACACUGAAAUCCUGUUUCAGUAAGUGAAUAAUGCAAAUCACAAAUCAAAUCACUGCUCAUAGGAGGACUACCCUAAAUCACAAAUGCAAUCACUUUGAAAUAAAAAAUCUCAGUACCAAGACUUAGAAGAUGGAAAUAAUGUAAAUGAUAGCAAAUGGAGAAAAAUGGAGAAGUAAUCUCACAUGUCUCUUCUAGAGUUUCAGAAGAGAUCUCAAACAUUUCUCAUCAAAUUCUUUCAACACUAAAAGGCCUGAUCUAUCAUAUCCACAUUAAUUGUAUCAUUACACUCUCUGUGUUUCUCUUUGUCAACAAAUUACCAAUUUCAGACUAUUUAUAGUCAUGUUUUCCAUUUAAUGAAUAAACAGCUAUAUGCUCUGUCCCAAUAGACUGCAGUCAGGCAACAGCAAAAAAGGAAUAGUUCACGCAAAAAUGAAAACUCUUUCAUCAUUUACUCCCCCUCUUGUCGCACUAACCCUGUAUGUUUGUCUUUAGUAGUAUGUUUACAUAUUACUGCUCUAUUACAAUGAGAACAUGUAAUGACUAUGGUCUGUCAAGCUACAAAAAGGGGGAAAAAGCACCAUAAACUUAUCAUAAAUGUAGAUCAUACGGCUUGUGCGUAAUAUUCCAAGUCUUCUGAAGUCAUAUGAUAGCUACUGUAAGAAACAGGCUGAAAUUUAAAGGGAUAGUUCACCCAAAAAUGUGUUUGAAUUAUUAGAACGUUCUCUCAUCAUUUAUUCACCAUCAUGACAUCCAAGAGGCUAUGACAUUGUUUCUUCUGCAGAACACAAAUGAAGAUUUUUAGAAUAAUUUCUCAGCAGGCCCAUAGUCUCCAUACAAUACAAGUGAAUGGGUGCCGACAUUUUAAA